AGAAAAGAAUAGAGAAUCAUUCGAAGGGAGAGCGAGUGAGUGGUGAUGAUGAAGGGAGCGGCCUUGGCAGCCGAUAUAAAGCGAAAUCUCGGGGUGGUUAAGGAAAGGGUGUUGGAGAAACUGGCUGCGGCUGCGGUCCCGGCCGAUGCUUUGGAGAAUGCUAGGCAUGUUUUGGAGAGCGUGGUGAGGGAUGUUACGGUUGCUGCUCAUGGUCUUACCAAGGAUGCUUUGUACCGUAUCAAGACUCGUCUUGUCGAUAUUCUUCCUUCUCUUUCCCCUGCGAUUACUACCAAGAUGGUGGAUGAUGCCGAGAAGGAAGCUAAUGAAGAACGCGAAAGCAAAGAAGGAGAAGAGCCAAGGCAUGAUGACCAUCAACUCAGCGGGAAGUCCACAUUUGCUUCGCCUGCCUCUUCUCUGUUUGCUUUGAUCAAACCAUUAUCCAGGCUUUGAAGAUUAUAUAGGAAACUCCGAACAUACUUGUUUUUGUCUACAUUUUGCUUCGGAUAAAAUAAAGUUUAGAGAGCAUAUGCAGUCAAAUCUCUAGUUGAAUAAUAAUGGAAAAUCACUUGAUGUGAAGAAAGAAGAAGAUUCUAUAGUUUCUUUAA